AUGGCUGAACAGCGAGGUUAUCAGCCUCUGGAAUGCCAUGAGUUAUCCACAAAUACCUUUUUAAAUGCUCGCUUUGUUCCAUGGCGAAUAAAUUUAAUGGCAUUCAGCAAGCAGGACCCUGAUAUCCUCUAUGUCGCCGAAUACGACAUCAUCAAAUGUUUUCGAGUGAAUCAAGUCACGGCAUUCGACACUUUGAUAUCGUCUGAAGGACAACGAUCGCCUAUAAAUGCUAUUCAUGUUGGUAGUUUGGGAGCUAUGGAAGUGUUGGUGACUGCUAGUGAUAGAGGUCCAGUCAGAGUGUGGUUUACGAAUUUGGACAGCGACCUUCAUCGCACCCCCAUUUCUUUACAACCAGAUGAAAGUGCUUGGGGCAUUGCAACACACGCCGAGCAUCAUUUGGUUGCAGUCUCGACGAACGCUCAUACCAUAACUGUCUGGAAUCUGGAAGCCGAUAAGAGAGAAUGGCUCGGUGAAGGCUGUGAUAAGCUCGUCUUGCGUGGGCAUGCGCACAACGUACCCAAUAUCGACUUUAGCCCCUGUGGUCGAUACUUAGUAUCUUGUUCGAUCGAUAAAUCCUGUAAGGUAUGGUACCUGAAAAGUGGAGAUCUGGUGUUCUCGAGCAAUGUUACGAGCCAGUGGGGAUGGACCGCUCGCUUCGUCUCGCUCCUCUCAUUCAAGCCGGUGAAAACGUCUCCAAAUCCCAACUCGACAGUCCUUGCAGAUAUAUUAUUCCCCAACAACCCGUUCCCGACCAUGCAACGCAGUGUCGGUCGAACGAGAUCCACCGAUACAUCUCUGAAUGAAGUCGAUUAUGCAGAAGACUUUGGUGACUUGGAAGAAGACGAUUCGAGCAUUGACGUCGCUUGGAAUCAAGAUGUAGAUAGCUUACCAGAUACCGAAAUCGCUGAAGAAGACGACCAUCAUAUAACGGCAGCAGGUAUCAUACCAGACUUUGAUACUGACAAUACAGAAGCCGGCAUAAACCAUGAAGACGCAGAUGAUUCCUCGUUGGCAUCGACGGAAAGUGCCCACACACCUGAUCAAGAAUCAGAGGAAUCCGAUGUUCCCGAAUACAAUACCACGGAAUAUUCGCCAUCCCCCUACACAAUUUAUAUGGAGCAGAAUGAACAUGAGUGUGAAUUGGAUUCGUCGACGGAUGCUAUUCUGUUUACCUCUGCCAACCAUCUAGUCUUAUUGUCAACUGAGGGGUUGAAUCGCUUAUACUUCAGUAGUGACGUUUUAUCAAGAAACUUUACAGGCCCUCGCAUCCUGUCACCAUAUCUUGAAGCGUUCGAUCGCUUAUGCUUUAGUGAAUGGGUCGAUGAGCUAUCAUGUGGGUUUGUUGGAUCUCAGUGUGGAGUGGUGGCUAUUAUCAGAGGAUUGAGAGGAGCCAAAUUCCAAAUUAAGGAUACAAAAUCAGGAACAAAUUAUGAAGUGUCUUCUUCGACUGACAAACCGGCUGCUUUUGUCAUUAUUCCAAGAGGAGUCAAGAAUGAAAGCUUGACUGUUCUAGAUAACAGAACUGGCAAAAUCUACGAAAUUCCUAUUCAAAACGGUACCGUCAAUGCCACCCAAUUCCAACGCAUCACUGAUGGUGGCAGUGAAGGAAUCCGAGUCUUUGACGCUGGCUAUCAAAACACUGCGGUCGCAUACUCCAAGAUCUGUGAAAUCGACGGCGACAAUGGUAUCUUACGUUACCGUGGAUAUCCUAUUGAAGAAUUGGCUGAAAAGUCCAAUUAUAUGGAAGUGUCGUAUCUCCUCAUCUAUGGUGAACUCCCUACGAAAGCUCAAUACACGGCUUGGGUCAGUGAUGUUCAAAAGCACACAUUUGUGCACUCGAAACUGGAGACUUUGAUGUCUUCAUUCACUCAUGAUGCACAUCCAAUGGGAAUGUUUAUGUCAUCAAUCGCUGCUCUUGGUACCUUUGCGCCGGACGGUAAUCCUGCCUUACAAGGAAGUGAUAUCUUCAAAGACAAUAUCCGUGCGAGGAACAAGCAAGUCAUUCGAUUGCUGGGCAAGAGCACCACUCUUGCUGCUAUGGCCUACCGAAAUCGAAUUGGAAGGAACUUCAAUCCACCACGCAACGAUUUGACCUAUACUGAAAACUUUUUGUAUCAAUUGGAUCAUCUUGCCGAACCUAAUUAUAAACCAAAUCCUCGUUUGGCACGUGCUUUGGAUGUUCUCUUCAUCCUGCAUGCUGAUCAUGAGAUGAACUGCUCUACUGCAGCAAUGAGACACAUUGGUUCGUCUCUUGUCGAUCCUUACUCUGCAGUAACUGGAGCAAUUGCUGCAUUAUACGGUCCUCUACACGGUGGCGCGAACGAAGCAGUCCUCCGAAUGCUCGAAGAAAUCGGAACCGUAGACAAUGUACCCGCAUUUGUCGAAGGUGUCAAGAAUCGCAAAAGGAAAUUGAUGGGCUUUGGGCAUCGAGUAUACAAAAACUAUGAUCCUCGAGCAAAGAUUGUUCGUCAAGUUGCAUACGAAGUCUUCGAUAUUGUUGGACGAGAGCCACUUAUCGAUGUUGCUCUGGCUUUGGAAAAGACUGCAUUGUCAGAUCCAUUCUUUAUUGAACGAAAACUGUAUCCUAAUGUGGAUUUCUACUCUGGCAAGUAUUCAAAGUCAGCAACGCAUCUCAAGACUUCGACAUACUGUCUUAUCUAUCGCGCCAUCGGCUUCCCAACUGAUUUCUAUCCCGUGUUGUUCGCUAUUCCGCGUGUAGCAGGCUGGUUGGCUCACUGGUGUGAAGCGAUGGACGAGAAAGAUGGAAAGAUUUGGAGACCUCGCCAAGUAUACAUUGGUGAAGGCAAACGUUCAUACGUUUCAAUGCAAGAUCGAGGCAAUUCCAGUGAAUUGAAUCCACGUACAUUGUCGCUUGGAUCCAUUUCUUCAAAACGUUCUUCAGUUGCCAGUUGGGAUGGCAAGAAGGCAGUAUAA